UCGUAGCAUCAGUAGGUUUUCAGGUUUAGUGAAGAAAUUUAUUCUUGUUGGGCGUGAUUGGAACGUCAGGUCAUCAUGAAGACCACCCUAGCAUUUUUCGUAGUUUUGGUAGCAGCAGCUUCCGCUAUUCCACGUAAUCGAAGAGACGUCAAGGAUGCUGCUCAACCAACUCAACUUACAGAACUCAUUACUCAGGCUCAGACCAACAUCAACAAUCUCGGCAAACAGAUUCAGGAACAAUUAAAUCUUCCUGACCAAGAAACUGUCGUAAACACCAUCAAGACUCAGAGCACAAAUUUCGCUGAGGGUUUAAAGGGAGUCGUCACCAAGGCUACAGAAGAGGUAGAGUGCAAAUUUUAUUUCAUAGUCUGACUUUGAAAUCACUUA